AUGGCGGUGCUCGACAACCCCGACAACAAUCACAUAAACCCCACCGCCUCAUCCUCCUCCUCCUCCUCCGAUCUCAACGGCCUUCGACACCGCCCGCCCGCCGACGAACCUGCCUCGUCAUCCGCCGCCGUGAAUCCCCCUGGGCCACCGACCGAUUCCGGAGCUGAGAAGGUGAUUGACGGUCGGGACGGUCAAGUUGCUAGAUCGGAUAUCAAAUUCACGUACCGCCCUUCCAGGCCGGCUCACGUUGUGGUUAAGGAGAGCCCACUUAGUUCCGGCGCCAUUUUUAAGCAGAGCCAUGCAGGCCUAUUCAACCUCUGUAUUGUAGUGCUGGUUGCAGUCAACAGCAGGCUCAUUAUCGAGAAUCUCAUGAAGUAUGGUUGGUUGAUUAGGACAGGAUUCUGGUUUAGUUCGAAAUCCUUGAGAGAUUGGCCCCUUUUCAUGUGCUGUCUGUCCCUUCCUCUUUUCGCUUUUGCUGCAUAUCUAGUUGAAAAGUUUGCGUAUCGGAAGUAUCUUUCUGAACCAAUAGUUGUUUCCCUUCAUAUACUCAUCUCCGUGGCAGCAGUUGUGUACCCUAUUUCAGUGAUUCUCAGCUGUGACUCUGCAUUUUUAUCUGGUGUGACAUUGAUGCUUUUUGCUUGCAUUGUAUGGUUGAAAUUGGUCUCAUAUGCUCAUACGAACUAUGAUAUGAGGGCAGUUGCCAAGUCAUUUGAAAAGGGAGAAGCUCCUUCUGCUGCUCUGAAUGUGGACUAUUCUUAUGAUGUUAACUUCAACAGCUUGGUAUAUUUCAUGAUUGCUCCUACAUUAUGUUAUCAGCCAAGCUAUCCUCGCACACCAUCCAUCCGAAAAGGUUGGGUGGUUCGCCAGUUCAUCAAGUUGGUGAUAUUUACUGGUUUAAUGGGAUUUAUAAUUGAACAGUACAUUAAUCCUAUUAUCCAGAACUCACAGCAUCCUUUUAAAGGGAAUCUCUUGUAUGGAAUUGAGAGGGUUUUGAAGCUUUCAGUCCCAAACUUGUAUGUGUGGCUAUGCAUGUUCUACUGCUUCUUUCAUUUGUGGUUAAACAUACUUGCAGAGCUCUUGCGUUUUGGUGACCGGGAAUUCUAUAAAGAUUGGUGGAAUGCGAAAACUGUUGAAGAGUACUGGAGAAUGUGGAAUAUGCCAGUUCACAAGUGGAUGGUUCGCCAUAUCUAUUUCCCUUGCCUGCGGCACAAAAUCCCCAAGGGAGUAGCAAUAUUUAUUGCGUUCUUUGUUUCCGCUGCAUUUCAUGAGCUGUGCAUUGCUGUUCCUUGCCACAUCUUCAAGCUCUGGGCGUUUCUUGGAAUUAUGUUCCAGAUCCCACUUGUCUGGCUUACAAAUGUUCUGCAGGAGAAGUUCAAGAGCUCAAUGGUGGGGAACAUAAUAUUUUGGUCAAUGUUCUGCAUAUUUGGCCAACCAAUGUGUGUGCUUCUCUACUAUCACGACCUGAUGAACAGGAACGGGAAAGAUGGAAUCUGA